GCGCUCCUACGUACUUACCCCAUCUUUCUCUUGCAUUGCGUGUAGGUUUACUAGGCAUGCAGGACAGCAAAACUGCCAUGUGAAGCAGAGAUUUACUGAUGCUGAAUUGCUCGUCGAAGUUUAACGUGAUGCGUUGGUAACACGUCAAUUUCCCUUUUCCUAGAGUUGUUCCAGUUGUGUGAGCAUUUUAUGUAUGUGUGAAACUGAUACAGAUUGAUCCAUCUUAACUUACAUUUAUUUUGUAUUAAUUUGCCAACCGUUGUGUAAUGGCAGGAUAACUGGAAUGAGACGAAUCUUCGGUACAUCGGGGAGGAAGGAGCCACAGCCAACGCUGGUGGAUGCAAUAGCAAACGUUGACUCACGUACUGAGAGCAUUGAGAAAAAGAUAGCUCGUUUGGAUGGCGAACUUGUGAAAUAUAAGGACCAAAUGAAGAAAAUGCGAGAGGGACCGGGCAAGAAUCAACUGAAGCAGAAAGCUCUACGCAUACUGAAACAAAAACGUAUGUACGAGAACCAACGGGAUCAACUAAGUCAGCAGUCUUUUAAUAUGGAACAGAGCAACUUCGCUAUGCAAGGAAUGAAAGAUACGCAGGCUACCGUGGCGGCCAUGAAACAAGGCUUAAAAACUAUGCAGAAAGAAUACAGAAAGUUGGACGUCGACAAAAUCGAUAAGCUCCAGGAUGAAAUGGAGGAAAUGCUUGAUAUGAAUAAUGAAAUUCAGGAAGCUAUGUCGCGGCAGUACGAGACGCCGGAUAUUGAUGAAGCUGAUUUAGAAGCUGAACUUGAUGCUCUGGGGGAUGAAUUUGAAACGGAUGUAGAUACUUCCUAUUUGGAUGAAGCGUUGAACGCACCAGGAGUACCAUCCAAGGAACCGGGAUACGAGAGCAAGGUGACAGAAGGAGGAAUUGCAGUGGAUGAAUUCGGCCUGCCGAAAGUUCCUGCGAACAAUUAGCCUCCAUCAUCUUCAUGGUAUAACUUCAUAUAAACAGCAUGGUGGUUCUUACUGAUGCGAUGACUGGUUUUAAUAAGGUAUCUCGGAGAGUUGCUGAUAAAGCUUUCUAUUCACAUAAACAAUCGGUUUGAAGAAUUCGGGACGUUCAUCACGCUUUCCCUUCUUUCUAAAAAGGAGAAAAAAGGAUUCAAAUAUGAACAGGGCGAUGGCAAGUGCUGACACUCCAUGUCUAUUAGCCGUACAGAUCUAAAUUCGUUUUAGUGUGUAAUUCAGUGAGUGCUUGUAAGGGUUCUAAUAAUAUGUUUGUUAUUUCAUUUCAUAUUUUAAUGAAAUAAAUCACGAAAUUCAAGC